AUGGUCAUAAGAACUGGAGAUCUCUCCCUAACUAAGCUGGUAAUGUUUAUGAUCUCAAAGCCUUGGUCUUCCUUAGGCUUUCUAAAAUCUUCUGUCUCUGUUUUCUUAUGUUUAUCCAUGUAUGCAUGUAAUGAAGGAUUGUUGAGGUGUGGCAUGAGUUGUCGAUGGAUUAAUUACCUCAGACCUGAUGUGAAAUGUGGAAAUUUCAGCGUAGAGGAAGAAAAAACCAUCGUUAAACUUCACCAGAGCAUUGGAAGCAAGUAUGCUGUUGGCUUGUCUUGCCUCAACGUUUGGAUUCUUCUGUCUUGA